AGAUUCUACUGCGACUUUUGUGUGCUUGCAGGAGUACACUUAUUUAUGCUCAGUAACAAUUGGGCUUUUCUUUUGAAGUACAUGACCGGAAAUAAUUGUCUUCUGGACGGAAGUCAGCAGUCGGAUAAGUUAGGUGUGUAGUAGUUUAUGCAGCGUUGUGGAACACUUUUACGGGGCUACUUUUGUCUUUUCGUUACAUUUACUAAACUGCUGGGGCUAUGUUAGCCGACAGGCGUCACACAUAGCUCGGUCUGUCAGCUGCAGGUAACUACCGUUUAGCUGCAUUGACACCGAAGAAUCGCUAACUUAGCACUGAAGCAGCGGUGUCGAUCAAAUAACGGAGUAGCCCGUUAGCUAACGCUAGUCUUCUCAGUGCAAAGGCCAGGAGCCAGUUUUUGAAGACGUCCAUUAUAAUCAUUUAUGUAUUUAUUUAUAUACCCCGCAGACUGAUUAGUUAGCGUUUUUUGUUUUGGCGCUGGCUGUGGUGCUACGAUAACAGUUAGCAACAUUAUAGUGCGGCUAGCUGAGCUAAGUUAUGGUCUAGAGGAAAAGAAAAACGUUACGUCGUGGUCAAAACUGGCUCAGCUUUCGCUUUCUGAAGUGGAUGUGGGAUAAUACCGCUGCUAUGGUGUGUGCAAUACAGCUGCACCUGCCAAGUUGAACGACUGACGGCGAGACACCUGGACCAGCAUGAAGGCCCUCGGAUCCAGAUUCUCCUUCUAUGCGGGCUUCGUGGUGGGAACUUUCACGCUGUACGUGUUUCUGCGGCAAGUGUGGUUUGAGAAAACCGUCUCAGCGCAGCGUCCCUCCAGCCUUGAGAAACUUCGUGACUACCAGCAGGAGCCCGAUGAAGACGAGGCUGUGUGGAAGAAGGAGAGGUCUGCGCUUUUCAACCUGAAGCACCCUCAUCAUACAGACGAGGAUAGUCGCAUGGCUGAUGAACUAUACAAAAAGGUGCGGAUUCUUUGCUGGGUGAUGACUGGACCCAGCAACUUGGAGAAGAAGGCUCGGCAUGUGAAGUCCACGUGGAGUCGCCACUGCAAUGUUGUGGUCUUCAUGAGCUCUGUGGAGGACCCUGACUUCCCCACAGUUGGCUUGGGUACAAAGGAGGGUCGGGACCAGCUGUAUUGGAAAACGAUUCGAGCCUUCCAUUAUGCCUAUGAGCAUCACGCCAAUGAGGCCGAUUGGUUCCUCAAGGCCGACGACGACACAUACGUAAUUGUAGACAACCUGCGGUGGGUACUUGCGAACCACACACCAGAUGAGCCGAUUUACUUUGGCCGAAGGUUCAAGCCCUACACCAAGCAGGGCUACAUGAGCGGUGGUGCAGGCUAUGUGUUGAGCAGAGAGGCUCUGCGCCGAUUUGUUGAAGGAUUUAAAAACAAAGUGUGCACUCACACUACCUCUGUAGAGGAUCUUGCAAUGGGUCAGUGCAUGGAGAAAGUUGGAGUGCUGGCGGGGGACUCCAGAGACAGUGUGCAAAGGGAGACAUUUCACCCAUUUGUGCCCGAGCAGCAUCUCACAGCCAAGUUCCCCAAGAGCUUCUGGUAUUGGAGCUACUGCUACUACCCCAUCUCAGAGGGUCCAAACUGCUGCUCAGACGUGUCGGUGUCUUUCCAUUAUGUCGAUGCUUCACACAUGUACUUAUUGGAGUACUACACCUAUCACCUGCGUGCCUUUGGCUACAGAUACCGUUACCAGCCCCCCGCUCCUGUAGGCUACGUUAUCGAGCUGUCAAAUUCCAGGGAUGCUGCAGAAGUAAAAAAUGAGCCAGCUUCUCAGGAGAAAGUGGGAGGAGAGGGGGGUGAUUCAUCCAGGACUGACAAGAGACAGGAUGCAGAUCCCCCUCCUGCAGCUGAUAAAGACCCUUCUGCUGCUCUAGCGAACAGUCAGUAAGACUGUGAGGGUGUGUGAUGGGAACUGAUCAUUAGGUAGGAGGAAUGUGUGAUUCAAGUGUUUGCUUGUUCUUUCAAAUAAUCUUGGCUCAUAUUUUUCUACAAAAGUAGAAAAAACUAUCCACUUGGAUUUUAAAUAUCCCCACAAAGAGGUGUAUUGCCUGAGGAUUCUCCAGCUGAACGACUUCUACUAAUAUUAACUGUGACUGCAAGACUGGACUAACGACUUAGUGGCAAUUUAUGACUUUUAACCUUUUUACCCUUGUUUUUCAGGUUUUUUGGGUUGUUUUUACAACUCUGUGUCUUCUUUAAAAGUUUGAAGCAACCCUCUGUAAGAUGUAUUCAUUUGAAAACUAACUAAAACACUUUUAAUCCAUAUCAGCCUGGCAUAGGAACCAAUUAUUUUUCCAAAUCAGGUAAAUUUAAUUUGGAAAAUGUUUUUUUUGAUUAUUGCAAACCCACCAAAACUCGAUCGUGAGCAUUCUCGAUAGCAAAGUAGUUUUUAACUUGCUGGACUUGUUUUACCUAAUUUUUCACAUAGAUAACUAUGUGCCUUGGACACCAGUGAGACCCAGUAAUGCGUCUAAUCAGACAAAACAUUUUUUUUAAAGUAUGAAAGUGACCAAGGUGCACUGCAGCUGGAUUCAAUUCUGAAGGGUUGAGAUAGGGUGAAUUAGAUCAUUUUGAUUUAGUGCUCCCUGUCAGUAGAUGACAGGUAUUUGUUUUGAGCAUAAUUUGAUUUCAGCUCAUUUCUGUGUCCGUUUUCUGCCUCCAAAACUUAAUUCAGGCCACAUAUUGUGAUGUUAGGUCCAUGUUCUGUGUAGGAAUAGUCAUUUUAAGCUGCUAUAAAUCACCUCCAUGCUGUAUGCUUGUCAUCAUACUGGCUGUCGCUGGUCUCAGAAGCUGUGUCUGGUCCCAGUCUAACUGUAGGUCCACUGUCUGAGCACAAAGGACAGUGAAACUUGCACUUGAAACUUACUUUGGCCAUGUGCUGGCCCAGAUAUUUAUGGCACUAAUAUAAAGUUAAUUUUGUUGUAUAGCGUUUCAAUAUGUUCAUGUUUCUUGGUUGAUUGAGAUGCAUUGAUGUGAUCCUGAUGCCUUAAAUGUACAGUCCACGUGACUAAAUUUUUACAAUCCAGCCAAAGAUUUCCCACGAUGGAUUAUGCCAGGUUGAAGACAGACUCGUCAUUAUUUACAAACAUGUUGUCUUGUCGAUAUUGCAGUGGAUCUUGGUCCUUCUCGUUCAGUAUUAUAAAUGGAGUCUGUUCAGCUAACGGCAGUCAUUCAGGAUGUUUAUCUGCCCUCCACCCUUUUAUCUUUGCUGAUACCUUCAGCAGUAUUAGGAAGUAGUUAGUGUAAUCAAACAUGAUCUGCUGUACUGUUCUUCCUGAAUCAAGCAUCUUCCCCCUCAUCUUUCCCCAGUGGACCCUUUAGCUUGUGCCUUGUAAAUUGAGAUUGUAUGAGAUAUCAGCUGCACGCACGACUUUGCACUGUGUUAUCACCAUGACGAGAAUGAUGCUUUCAGACAAAUUAUAAUUAUAUUGAAUCCCUCCAAUGUAAUGAGUAUGGCCUUUGGGCAAGCCAGUGGAUGACUUGUUCAUGACAACAAAAUUAUUGUUAUUAUUUUUACAAUUUUAGUUUUUACAAUGUUGUGUAAUUUUUAAAUUGUGGGAGGGCUAGACCUUUUUUUUUUUUUUUUAGUUAUCACAUUGUGUAGAUUGAAAAAUAUUAAUAUCAAAAGUUUCAUAAAAAAAAGUCUUCAUUACUUUGUAACCAAACAAAGAAAUACUUUUGUGAGAGAUACAGUAACUACCAAAUAUAGGAAAUGGUUUUGGGCAUCAGGCAAGAAUCGGUGAUGGUUCAAACUGAACAAAUUUAUGUGACAUUUGCAUGCAUUUUUGAGUGUUAUAAUUGCUGUUUUUUAAAAUUUAUUUUUUAACCACUUAAAAUAUUUCACAGGUGGAAAAUGUAUGACUAAUUCAUGCCUAUCAAAAUGCCUUUUUUGUCGGUGUUUACACCCAGUUUCCAUUUGUACAUGAGCACAUAGCAUGUUCAGUCUUUUCUAUUAAAAUGGAAAAUUUUAACCAAAUCAGCAUGCUUUACAUAAUGGUUUACUUAAUGAACUUCUUUGAUUUGCAUUGAGUUAACAGUUGAACAUUUCAGUAGCAAAGGAGUGCUGUGCAGAUUCUUACUAUCUGUGGAUCUUGAGGGCCCAAACACAUUGACAGCCGCCACAUCUCAGAUGCCAGUGGUAUAACUCUUCAAGUCCUUGACAAUCUACUCCCAACAUUCAUUUUUUUUGACAAAGGGAAAGGUGUACAAUAUUGUAUUUAAAUUUCAAAUGUAUUUAUGUUGAUACUGACAUCGAAAUUGAGUCAGUACACUUUAUCUUGUAAAUGAGUUGGUGUGAGUGUGUUAGCACAUGUGAUCAGUGCGCAGGGUCAUUGCAUGUGAACGGUACUUUAAUCACUAUAAAUAAAUGCAUAUUUUAUUGUA